GCUCCCGUCAUCUCUGCCGUGCUACAACCGAACUGGCGAGCCCGCGCGAGUGGUACGGGCCAGCGUCCGCAAAUGUCCCCGAACCUGCAGGUUUGGCUCUGUCAUGGCCUCCCCCCCUCAUAAGUGAGCAUUAUGGAUUAGUGGAGGGGAGGCGACUGUAAAUCCCCACUGUUGUGCUGAUCUGGAUUUAAACGCUGGACAGAUAAAUUGUCAUUUGAAGAUAGUUGCAGGCGAGCCGAGUCAAUGGAUACGAACAUGCGCAAAUUUACGGUGAGAAGAUGGUUUUCCGUGUACCUGCGCGGAAAGUCGCGGUCCAAAAGCUCGAGUUUAUGCAAACUAGAGGAUGACAGCAUUUUAAAGGAGUUUGAUAUCAGCCAUCAUGUGAAAGAGGGCUUUGAGAAAGCAGACCCGUCACAGUUCGAGCUGCUCAAGGUGUUGGGUCAGGGCUCCUACGGAAAGGUGUUCUUGGUGAGAAAAAUCAGAGGUUCAGAUACAGGACAACUCUAUGCCAUGAAGGUCUUGAAGAAAGCAACACUGAAAGUGCGGGACAGAGUGAGAUCAAAAAUGGAGCGAGACAUUCUCGCAGAAGUGAAUCAUCCCUUCAUUGUCAAACUCCACUAUGCCUUUCAGACAGAAGGAAAGCUGUACCUAAUAUUGGACUUUCUCAGAGGGGGAGAUCUUUUCACACGCCUCUCCAAAGAGGUAAUGUUUACCGAGGAAGAUGUGAAGUUCUAUUUGGCUGAGCUGGCCUUGGCUUUGGAUCAUCUUCAUAGUCUGGGCAUCAUCUACCGUGAUCUUAAACCAGAGAACAUUCUCCUUGAUGAAGAGGGUCACAUAAAGAUCACAGAUUUUGGCCUGAGCAAAGAGGCAAUCGACCAUGACAAGCGAGCGUACUCCUUCUGCGGGACCAUCGAGUACAUGGCCCCAGAGGUGGUCAAUAGACGAGGUCACACUCAAAGUGCUGACUGGUGGUCCUUCGGCAUCUUAAUGUUUGAAAUGCUGACUGGAUCCCUGCCAUUUCAAGGCAAAGACCGCAAAGAGACAAUGGCACUUAUUCUCAAGGCAAAACUCGGCAUGCCGCAGUUCCUCAGCCCAGAAGUCCAGAGUUUACUGCGGGCUCUUUUCAAAAGAAACCCUUCCAAUAGAUUAGGUGCAGGACCUGAUGGAGUGGAAGAAAUCAAGCGGCAUAAAUUUUUCGCAACUAUAGACUGGAAUAAAUUGUACAGACGAGAAAUCAAGCCUCCGUUCAAACCAGCAGUGGGCCGACCAGAAGACACAUUCCAUUUUGAUCCUGAGUUUACAUCCCGCACGCCGACAGACUCACCCGGAGUUCCAGCCAGUGCUAACGCACACCAGCUCUUCCGCGGCUUCAGCUUUGUGGCCUCUAACCUGGAUCAAGAACAGCCACUGGCCGAGACGAAGCAAAAUUCUGUUAACCCCAUUGUACAGCAGCUUCAUGGCAGCAACAUUCAUUUCACUGACGGCUAUGAGUUGAAGGAGGAUAUCGGCAUUGGAGCAUAUUCGGUCUGCAAACGUUGUGUCCACAGAAUCACCAGUGUGGAGUAUGCUGUCAAAAUUAUUGACAGAGCCAAGAAGGACCCGUCUGAAGAGAUCGAGAUUCUUCUGAGAUAUGGCCAGCACCCAAACAUCAUUACUCUGAAAGAUGUCUAUGAUGAUGGCAAGUUUGUGUAUCUGGUGAUGGAGCUGAUGAGAGGAGGAGAGCUGCUGGACCGGAUCCUGCGGCAGAAGUGCUUCUCAGAGCGUGAGGCCUCAGCUGUGCUCUGCACCAUCACCAAGACUGUGGAGUAUCUGCAUUCACAGGGGGUUGUGCAUCGAGACUUGAAGCCCAGUAACAUCCUGUAUGUCGAUGAAAUAGGUGACCCAGAGUCCAUCAGAAUAUGUGAUUUUGGGUUUGCCAAACAGUUAAGGGCUGAAAAUGGUCUGCUCAUGACACCGUGCUACACUGCAAACUUUGUGGCCCCAGAGGUCCUGAAGAAACAGGGAUAUGAUGCCGCCUGUGAUAUCUGGAGCCUGGGAAUCUUACUGUACACCAUGCUGGCAGGUUUCACACCCUUCGCUAACGGCCCUGACGACACACCAGAAGAGAUCUUGGCUCGCAUUGGCAGUGGGAAAUUUGCCCUGUCAGGAGGCAACUGGGACACGGUGUCUGACGCAGCCAAGGUCAGCUUCCUGAUUUCUGGGGCGAUGGCUGCCACAUACUCCGCUUUGAAUCGGUCACCUCAGGCCCCAAAACUGGAGCCAGUGCUUUCUUCCUGUCUGGCUCAGAGAAGAGGCAUGAAAAGACUCACAUCCACUCGUCUAUAGCACUCCAGCCAGACACUUGAGCUUCUACAGCUUUAAGAAAUGUCAGAGCGCGCAGGCUUCGGACAAGGCACCAGGCGACCGCCAAAGCAUCCGGAGCAGAGUGGAAAAAUUGGAUUGACCACAGAGUGUCAGAGCAAUCUCCAAAGAGUGAAAAAUGAUCUGCUAAGUGUCUCUGCUGAUGUCAAGAGAUUGAUGAGGGCCAGAUGCAAACAUCACGGCUGUCAGGGCUCAAAAACAGCUCUUUCAGAGCGUGACGUGGGGUUUGUGUAUGUGUGUGUGUGUGUGUGUGUGCACCCCUGUGAAUUUCAGGUGUGUGCAUCUUGAAGUGUUUAGUUUUAAUGGUGCAUAACAAAGAUCGCAGUUAUUGUUCCCAAACGGUGUGCAGUCAGUUGCAAAGCCAGUCGUUCAUAAAAGUUGCUACUACUUGCUGCAGACACUUCAGUUAGAGCCAUGUAGAAGUUAGUAGAAGAUGCUUUGGUCUAUCAUGGUGACAGUGCUGCACCUUAAGCUAUGUGCCAGCAUCUUUUGAACAUGCAUGCCAUGUACAGUAUGUAUUUUUAUGACAAACUAAUGGUUCUAACAUGCUAGUGAAAGCACAAAGAGCAUUGUUCAUGUUGUUUUUGGUUUACUAGUAACCUUCUUUAAUGUCCCAGUUUUACUCUGUUUUGUCUGAUUUCAUUGGUCUUAUGUAAUGCUGAGGCUACAGAAAACAGCUGUUUUUAAUUUACUUAUUGUUUUCAUCUUGCGUAUUUGCACCACGUUGUUUUUAAAUUAU